AUGUUGGAGGAAUCGUUUGAAUCUGACUGGCUUUCCGAGGAAGUUAAAACAGGGACAACCAUUAUAGCCAUUGAGUUUGAUGGCGGAGUUGUCCUGGGAUCAGACUCCCGUGUGUCUGCAGGGCAGUCAGUAGUAAACCGGGUGAUGAACAAGCUCUCUCCCCUCCAUGACAAGAUCUUCUGUGCUCUGUCCGGCUCUGCAGCUGAUGCUCAGACUAUUGCAGAGGUUGUGAACUACCAGAUGGAUGUGCACAGUGUAGAGAUAGGAGAGGAACCUCUUGUUUGCUCUGCUGCCACUCUGGUGAAGAACAUCUCCUACAGGUACAAGGAAGAGCUGUCUGCCCAUCUAAUCGUUGGUGGAUGGGACAAGAGAGCUGGAGGACAGGUGUAUGUGACCCUGAACGGCCUCCUGUCCAGACAGCCCUUCGCAGUGGGUGGAUCGGGUAGUUCCUACAUCUACGGCUUUGUUGAUGCUGAAUACCGACCUGGCAUGAGCAAAGAAGAGUGCCAGCAGUUUGUCAUCAAUGCACUCACCUUGGCGAUGGGUCGAGAUGGUUCCAGUGGUGGUGUGGCCUAUCUUGUAACUGUGGACAAGAGUGGUGCAGAGGAGAAAUGCAUUCUUGGAAAUGAACUGCCCACUUUUUUCGACCAGUGA